AUGACAUCGGCUACAUCGGAAUGGCUUACGCCCUCUACGCGAACCGAGCUCAUCGAAAACCUGGUAUCAGGAGUUGACCGCUAUAAUCCGUCCAACGUUAGCAUCCUCGAGGACUACCUCUACCACCAAAUUCGAAGUGGGGAGUAUGACUGUCUCGCCAACCUUGCCAUUCUGAAACUGUAUCAGUUCAAUUCUGAUCUUUAUAACCCUGAUGUUGUCGUCAACAUCCUCUUGAAAGCGCUGACUGCAGAGCCAUUCCCCGACUAUAAUCUUUGUACAUCUUUACUAGACGAUCGCCUAGUAAACAUGAAUCCCGACGAGCCGGAUCCUCUGCCAGUCCUUCUCCCAAUACUCACGAAUCUUUAUAAUCUCCUGCAUCAAUGUCGUUUCCCAGCUUUCUGGACGUUUUACCACUCCGACGAACUAGAAUCGCUCAGAGAAAAUUACAUUGUAGAGUGUGUUGGCUUCGAGGAAGCCAUACGGGAGGUCGCCGCGCGUGCAGUCAAGGCGACCUUCACACGAAUUGGUCUGGAUAGACUCGGUACAUACGUUGACCUAUCAGGCCCUGAACUGGAAAUGUGGAUCGAGAAGCAGGGAUGGAGUCUCGACAUUUCUAUCAGGACGGUUUCCAUCCCCUCUAACCCCGAUAACGAGAUAGAAUCAGUCGUGAUUCGUGAAAACGUCAAGUUAGCACAACUCCAAAAAGUGAUUGCACACGCUGCGCAAGUAAAAUAA